AUGUCAAAGGAAGAGACAAACGUUGGCGUGACGCCGCCUACGUACGACACGGAGAAGACUCCGGUUCACGCUCCCGGCGAUGGCCAUGUUCCUGAGAACUUCCGUGAGGACGACUUCAUGACCCGCAAUGGCUUGAACCUCAAGAGUUUCCAGAGACGUGACUGGGGAACCGGCGACACCGAGCUCGACCGCUCCAUGAAAUCUCGUCACUUGCAAAUGAUUGCCAUCGGUGGCUCCAUCGGUGCUGGUUUCUUCGUCGGUUCUGGUAAUGCGCUUACCAAGGGUGGCCCUGGCUCUCUUCUCAUCUGCUUCCUCAUCGCUGGUGUCAUGAUUUUCAACGUCGUCUACGCUCUCGGUGAGCUUGCCGUUAUGUACCCGGUCUCUGGUGGUUUCUACACGUAUUCGAUUCGCUUCCUCGAUCCUUCCUGGGGUUUUGCCAUGGGCUGGAAUUACGUCUUCCAAUGGGUUAUUGUAUUACCACUCGAACUAACGGUCUGCUCAUUUACGGUACAAUAUUGGAAUGACCAAAUCAGCGUAGCAGUGUGGAUUACCGUGUUCUGGAUUUUCAUUAUUAUCGUCAACGUUUUCGGAACUUUGGGUUACGCCGAAGAGGAGUUCUGGGCGUCUCUCUUCAAGCUCAUUGCCACUGUCAUUUUCAUGGUAGUAGCCAUUGUUCUCAUCUGCGGCGGUGGCCCUGAGGGAGGCAAGUACGAUGAAUUCUGGGGUGACCGCCUUUGGAGAGACCCCGGUGCUUUCCAGAACGGCUUCCGUGGCUUCUGCUCCGUCUUCGUUACCGCCGCCUUCUCAUUUUCUGGUACCGAGCUUGUUGGUCUGGCCGCUGCUGAGUCCACCAACCCUGCCAAGGCCCUCCCUGGUGCUAUCAAGCAGGUCUUCUGGCGUAUCACUAUCUUCUACAUUCUUGGACUCACCUUUGUUGGUCUCCUUGUCAGCUCUACUGACGAUCGUCUCCUGAACUCCGACAACCCUUACGCUGAUGGUGUUUCCCCGUUUGUCCUGGCUCCUCUCGAUGCUGGCCUUCGUGGAUACGACAGCUUCAUGAACAUCGUCAUUCUCGUUUCCGUCGUCUCCAUUGGUGUAUCUUGCGUCUACGGUGGUUCCCGAACCCUCACUGCCCUGGCUCAGCAGGGAUAUGCCCCCAAGAUCUUUACCUAUAUUGACCGGUCUGGUCGUCCCCUUCCUUCUGUCGUUAUCAACCUUGCCUUUGGUGGCCUUGCCUACGUUCGUAUGGCAUCAUCUGGCGGUGUUGUCUUCGACUGGCUUCUGUCCCUCUCUGGUCUGGCUGCUCUCUUCACCUGGGGCUCUAUUUGCGCCGCUCACAUCCGCUUCCGCGCUGCGUGGAAGGCUCAGGGCCACACCCUCGACGAGCUUCCCUUCCGUGCCAUUGGUGGAGUUGCCGGCUCCUGGCUCGGUCUGAUCUUGGUCUUUGUCUCCCUCGCUGCUCAAUUCUUCGUUGCCAUUGCUCCCCCCGGAUCGGAUGGCCUGGGCACAGCCGAGGACUUCUUCAAGUCUUACCUCGCUCUUCCUGUUGUCCUAUUCUUCUGGGCCUGCGGUUACCUCUGGAAGCGCAACGGCUUCCUCAAGCUCUCCGAGAUCGACCUCGACACUGGCCGCCGUGAGCACGACUGGGAUGAGAUCCACGCCUUCCGUGCUAAGGUUGCUAAAUGGCCCAAGUGGAGACAGGCUCUCAACAAGGUCUUUUAA